UGCGCUUUUUGGGGGAUGUUUGGUGUAAUACUAACAUCAAGUUUGACGUCUUCGACAGGACUCCAAUACAGCCGCGUUUUGGAUACGACCUUGACAUGGGCGGGUGACCUGGCGCUUAGUUACGAAUACCUCAGUUUGAUGGGGAAGUCGUGUUCUAUGCCGUUGCCGUUUUCUAAAGUGCCACCUGAAAUAGUCAUUGUUGGACCAAACGCUGCAGGAAAACGAUUUUUGCUGUAUUCCUGGCUUUUUGGAGUUCAGAAAAGCAUUGCUUCACAAUCAACAAAAUCGUGCAACAUUGACGAGACUAUCACCAGUCGAACUACAGGUGAAAAGUUCCUCGUCCACGCCCUUAGAGGAACGCCCUCGGUGCUAAUACGGAACAAAGAGGCCUAUGAAGAAACUAAAGCGGUCGUCCUCAUGAUAAACGCCGCUGGCGGGGUGGAUAGCAUACACGAGGCCCAGAGAUGUUUGGAUUUAAUAACAGUAUCGUUCCCGGCGGAUAACUUUCCUGUGCUAAUAGUAGUGAACGCAGUGGAUGCUCCAGGUGCAUUGUCUUGUGAUGAAAUAGAAACUCGGUUCGACCUGCAUGUCAGACUUGCUAACAAGGCGUGGCAGAUCUGUAGCUUGAGAGAGAGUUCACAAGAGGAUGUGGAUCACAUCUUGCGGGAAUUAGCCAUUUUGGUGGACAAGAAGGGACCAGACAGAACACACACAAAUUAGAAUGUUUAAUAUUUGAAAAGGAGAAGAAAGAAAAGAAAGGAUGAAAAAAGUUGUUUUUUUUGUUUUUGUUUUUUAAACGAACAAAAGUAAAGAGAAUACAGCAAUAUGAUUACAUAUGAUUAGUGUUCAGUCAUAACCGUUCGUAACAAUAAUAUAGGUAUUUUAUUUUAUUUUAUCAUGAAUGAUCUAAUACAAGCUAUUAAUUAUGCAGAGUUAGAUUUUUAUACUUAACUGAGUUGGUUUGACUGCUAGUUUUUCAUUACAUUUUCUAACUUUACAUGUGUAUAGUAUCUACAUAUAAUAUCGGAUGUCCCGAAUCAAAGAACCCCUCUUUACUGAUUAAUAACUUGGAAAGUAUAUUUACUAGGAUAAUAAUAUUUUGUACCUGAUAUCUUAUGCGUAUUUCCCAUUUUGUGAUAAGAAUUUCAAAGACGCGGGUUGAACGCCACGUAGUGGCAGAAUCAAAAUUGCAUAUCAAAAGAUGUAAUGCGGGAGUCGCAUGCAUUUGGACUGGUGCCUGUCUGGUGCACAGCUAGUAUCACUGUUUCAGUCAGUCAAGUUCCAGUUCUUUAUCGCCUUAAGUUUUUACAAUUUAUCAGCACAAUACAAUGUAAAUAAAUGUACAAUGUAAUAAAUAUAUACAGGAUUUGUACAUGAUUAUGGAUUGGUGGAGAGUGAUUUAGUAACAAAUAAUAAUAAUACGAAAUAAAUAAAUAAAUAAAAUGUUAACUAUACAUGUAAACAAAUAGUUGUAAAAUGAAUAAAUAGAAGUAAUGUUAAUAUUAACCAAUUUGCUCCAAUAGCUGGUCUCUAAUGGGAUUUGCUCGAAACAAAAAAUUUCCGAAAUUAUUAACUUCUUUAAUAUUGUUAGACGCUAAUAACUGGGCAAGUUUGAAAACGCUUGGAGGUACAUGGUAAUAUUUUAAAAUAAAUUCCAUUCUUAAAUCAUUAAAACGUGGGCACUGGAGGAUGAAUGAUACUCAUUUUCUAUUUCAUUUUUGUCACAUAGUGUAAAUUUUCUCUAAUGCUGCCUAUCAAAUGUAGGUAGCCUGUCAGAUUAUGUCUUCACUUAUUUUUACUGGAAAGUCUUUGGUAGUAUAGUUAUUCGAAAUGAUGUUCAGUGAACCAUUGAAGCUUGUUUUACUGAAAACGGAUGGGGCGCAAACGGAUAUUGAAGACAUUUUCUGGAAAAUCUAGAAAGAUUAAUUCUCUAAACUAACUUAUCAAAGCGAUUAAAGACACUGUCUCAACAAGAGACUGAGGUCAGUGUGUGAACAGGAUGGGGAUCACAUUGAGCAUCUCUUUAAGUAAACUGAGGUAAGUCAAACUUAAAUCGGCUUUCUGACCUUACGUUUUUUUGAUAUGCUGUUUUGAUUGUGUCAUUAUUUAAUAGGUAUUCGAUCUACAUACUUAAAACAUUUUACAACAAAUAGAUAAUAGCCAUGUGAUAUCGGCUGCAGUAUAUAGAAAUGCAUGUUAAUCUGAGAUAUGUUUACCAUUAACUUCCAUCAAUCUACCGACAAAAUUAGUUAUAAUCCGUGUACAAAUUCGUAAUGAUUCGUUUGCAAUCCUAUACAGCUGUUUAGAAGUAAUGGUAAUGUGAAUAAAUAUUGUUAUCCAGAUUCGGGCAUUUUCGUUUCAUUCGGGCAAAAAUCAGCCUGCUCCCACCCCCACCCCUACAAAAAUGGGAGCCCGUACGUCUAUGAGCAGUGGUCUGCAAAUGUCCCGAAAGACAACCAAUCAGAUAUAACAUAGUGGCUACUUUUGCUCUACAUAGAAUAAUAUCUAACCUAAUCUUCAACAAACAAAAAAGUUUAUACUGCAGUUUCAUUGAUUACACGCGUACUUUUGACAGUAUUGACAGAAUUAGUUUAUGGUCAAAGCUUGUUAAAUUUGGUAUAGAUGGUAGAAUUUUAAGAAUAAUAAAGUUUUAUUUAAAUUUCAAAGCCUAUUUUCGAAACAAAUGGUCACUAACAAACUCAUUUGAAGUGUCUGCUGGCGUGUUGCAAGGCGAAGCUUUACCCAGUCUUAUUCUCCAUGUAUAUUAAUGACUGUGAAACACAUUUAGCAAAUAAUAACUGCAGUAGCAUAGAAAUUGGUAUGUUGAACCUAAUAUUAUACGCUGAUGACACCGUUAUGUUUUCUGAAACUGUCUCGGGUCUACAAACUAUGCUUGAUAAGCUUCAUAUGUAUUGCAAAGAGUGGAAACUCGCUGUGAAUAUUACAAAAACAAAGAUUGUUGUGGUUCAGAAAAAGAGGCCAUUUAAUGAAAAAUGAACAUUGGCUGUAUAAUGGUGAAGAUAUAGAAAUUAUAUCUUUUUAAUCAUUUGGGUUUAAUAUUUAAAUACAAUGGUAACUUUCCUAUCACGCACAGUCAUAUAACCAGCCAAGGGCGCAAAGCUUUAUUUGCCCUGGAGAGAUCUAUGUACAAACAAUAUGGAAUUCAAAGUUAAUGUUGAAACAGAAAUUUUUGUUGUUCGAUACAUAUAUAUUACCUUUACUUAAAUAUGGUUGCGAGACAUGGGGAUUCGCCAAAUCACUAGAUAUUAAAAAGCUUCAUCUCAUGUUAUGUAAACAUUUGCUUGGCGUCAAUCAAAAAACCACAAGCCACAUGUACCACGAAUUGGGACGAUAUACUUUGUCAAUUUCACGUUAUAUUGCUAUUUUAAAAUACUGGCUAUUAUUACGAACUGACAAUUGUAUUUUGAAGGAAAUGUAUCUACAAAUGGUUAAAGAUUGUGAAAAAAUAUGUUGGGCUACACUUGCCAAACAACUUCUUGACAACGUUGGCGUGUCAUAUGUCUAGAUACGUCAGAAUGUUAAUAAUGAAGCAAUAUUUAUCACAGAUGUUAGUUCGUUUAAAAGAUAGAUUUAUUCAAGAAAUGUAUGCUACUCUCUCAGUUUCUUCAAAAUGUUUAAUUUAUAAGCACUUAACUAAUAAUCACCGUCUUCAAUACUAUUUAACAGAAGAAAAAAAACCUUUCUUUUGCAUUUAGAAGUUACAUUUGUAAAUUUAGAUGUUCUGCUCAUCAACUAAAUAUUGAAACUGGUCGUUGUAGAAAUAUUGAACGUGAACUUAGGACCUGCAGUCUCCGUGACACUAAUGGUAUUUGAAGACGAAUUUCACUUUAUUUUGCAAUGUCCAUUAUAUUCUGAUCUACGUGCUACAUAUAUUAAAAAGUAUUACUGGAAAAACCUACUGCAUUUAUGGUCUCACUGUACAGUUGACCUCCGGGUUAGAGUUCAUUCAUCACGGUCCACUAUAGUUCCUAAUUGUGACACAUGGUUAUGGUUCACAUAUUCACUUCCAGGAAAUUGUGAAGAAUUAAAACAAUGUGUGUGUUAAGAGAACUUGCUAGAGUUUGUGUGAUGUCGUUGUUUUUCUUAAUUAUGUAAAUGUAUUAUGUAAAAUUAUGUUUGUGCCUAUAGGCAAUUGCUUUGGUAAAUAAAUGAAUAGAAUGAA